GGCAGGAAUUUGAUGUCAAAGCCAAAUGUGUUAUCAAUGCUACGGGACCUUUCACAGACUCUGUGCGCAAAAUGGAUGAUCAGGAAGUACCAAACAUCUGUCAGCCAAGUGCAGGCGUGCAUAUUGUGAUGCCUGGUUAUUACAGCCCUGGUAAUAUGGGUCUGCUUGACCCAGCCACCAGCGAUGGUAGAGUGAUUUUCUUCCUGCCAUGGGAGAAGAUGACUAUUGCAGGGACCACAGACAGCCCGACUGACGUUACUUCCCAUCCGAUACCAACGGAAGAAGAUAUAAACUUCAUUUUGAAUGAAGUGCGCAACUACCUUAGUGCUGAUGUUGAAGUGAGAAGAGGAGACGUGCUGGCAGCGUGGAGUGGCAUUCGUCCUCUGGUCACAGACCCCCACUCCAAAGACACGCAGUCGAUAUCCCGGAAUCAUGUCGUUACCAUUAGCGAUAGUGGUCUUGUCACGAUAGCAGGUGGGAAGUGGACAACCUACCGUGCCAUGGCGCAGGACACCAUUGAUGCAGCUAUUCAGGCGCAUGAUCUGAAGGCAGGUUCCAGUAAGACCAUUGGACUGCAGCUACAAGGGGCUGAGGACUGGAGUCCCACUCUCUACAUUAGGUUGGUCCAAGACUAUGGACUUGAAAGUGAGGUGGCUCAGCAUCUAGCUUCGACAUACGGUGACAAGGCUUUUGAGGUGGCCAAAAUAGCCCAAGUUACAGGAAAGAGAUGGCCUAUUGUUGGAAAACGUCUUGUAUCUGAAUUUCCUUACAUUGAAGCUGAG